AUGCUUGAGCAAACCAUUGUCUUGCAUGCAUAUCUCUUACGUUACAGAAUGGAUAUUGAUAAAUUGAAAUUCGCGGUCAGCUGUUCUAGCAACAUGAAUAGGAGUAUGGAAGCCCAUAGUUUCAUGCAGAAGAGAGGUUUUAAUAUCGAAUCUUACGGCUCAGGAAAUCAGGUGAAACUUCCUGGGACAGCGGCAGAUAAGCCGAAUUGUUAUGAAUUUGGCAAGGCAACAUACGAGUUUAUCUACAAUGACUUAAAAGCUAAAGAUUCUAUCUACUAUACUCAAAAUGGUUUACUGAAUAUGCUUGACCGAAAUAGGCGGAUAAAGCCGGCACCUCAAAAGUUUCAACAUGAGGAUAAGGAGUUUGAUGUUAUCAUCUGCUUAGAAGAACGAGUAUAUGAUCAAGUAGUGGAUCACCUUCAUACGCGACCCACUACCAGUGGCAAUCCUGUGCACGUCAUCAACAUAGACAUAGAAGAUAAUCCUGAAGAAGCAACUAUAGGUGCCUGGUUCGUCUGCGAACUCUGCGGAAAGGUGAUU